AUGCACAGAUGGCUACAGCUGCACCGUCGCCAUUGCCGCUUUAAUACGCCUUUUCGACGCGUCUUUAGCACCAGCAGUGCCAUUGACAGCGUAGAAGUACGAUGUGGCUCCUCUGGUCAUGUCACUGUCGACCUGCACAAUCUCGGCAAUUUACAGCAUGAUGAGCCCAUUCUGAUUCACCUUCCUCCUCUUCCAGCUCAUCCUGGCGCGCAAUCCAAGCUGCCAGACUUUUUGCAGGGACUGCCCGUGGCCAGCAUUCGUUAUCGAUGGGACGGCCUCUCAGGGACAGCUCCAGCAUUGCUCGACAGUGACAAGCCGUCUUCGGCGCAAUGGCCGGCGCCGGUUCACGAUACCGCAUUUGCCUACACAUGGCUGUCUGAAAACUUUGCACCGGGGAAUUGUGCUCGUCGUGGCGUCUACGUGUACGGCUCCUUUCUCGGUGCCAGCAUGGCGACGUCGCUAGCAUUGACGGAAGCACACCCCCACGCACGGUUUGCUGUCCGAGGCUUCAUGGCGUACAAUGGCAUAUACAACUGGACCAUGUUUCUGCCCGACCAUCGCAUCAAUCGCCCAACAACGCGGGGCAGCAAGAGCAUCAUGCCGCCUCAGCCCCGAGAAGGGUCUCCUCUGCAAUUUUUGCAGGAACAGAUGCCUGGCCUCUUUGGCAGGCCUACUCAUCUCUUCGACGCAUUUGCCAGCCCGAGUCUCUUGUUCCAUUCGCCUGGCCUCAUAGUCCCGCGCUCGUUCACCAUGACGGUUGCCGAGGCUGCCGCGAUUGACGCCAUGGUUGGGAAGGAAGCUGACCCGGCCUUUGCUGUCAAGACGCCGCGCAAGUCUCGUCUUGUCUUUCCGCCGCGGAAAUCCACUCUCAAACUACCCGAAGCACUGCUGAUGUACGACUCGAACCCAAUACCGCUGACUGCCACCGGAAAGCCGUCGAAGCGCAAGCCCAAGGCCGCCGGCAACAGCUUUCAAGCACAAGCGGCCGAGUUGGGUGAGCUUAUGCGUCGCAGUGUUGAGGCUGUGGAGCUCAAGGAGCGAGUGAAAUGGGAUGAUGAUAUUCAGGACCUGGCGGGUGAGGCCGAGAGGCGGGUGCAAAUGCUAGACAUUGGUCAAGGCUCGCUGGAUCAUGAAAUGAGUGCUGCCGGUCAAGAAGCCGCUCUAAAGUGGCUAAAAGAUAGAGACCUGGGUGCUUAG